AUGUCUGCAGUUGAUGUGGGCAACAUGACGGAUGACUUUUGGAUCCAAACUUUCCAUAGCCCGCUAUUGGAUGGCGUUAACACAAUCAUCGCCUGCCUUACUGUGCUUGGUAACGGCAUGGUCAUCACCGUUAUGCUGCUCAGACGACGAGUGUUCAGCUCCUUCACUAAUCGUCUCAUCCUGCAUCAGUCAAUCGUUGACUGUGUUGCUGGCGUUGUGUUUUUCUUGUGGCGGGUAGUUUUCCAAAACGUCUACAAGAAUGUGUCAUUCGAAAGUAAUAUCUACGAUCAGUUCAUAUGUCGGUUCAUAAGCGUGGACUAUUUUCUUUGGUGCUUGGAUGUGACCUCCACUUACAACCUUGUCAUGAUAUCGCUGGAGCGGUUCAUGGCGACCUGUCACCCUGUGAAGCAUCGCAAUACCUGGACCCCAGCCAAGCAGAAAUUUGCUGUUGGAACUGCCUGGGCCAUUGGCUUCAUAUACGGCUUACAUUUUAUAUUUAUGUUUGAAGCACGUCAGGGUCGUUGUCGAUUUAUUGAAGUGGAAAUCGAUUUGCAGAUUGUUCAAGCAUUAGCAGUGAUAACUAUCGAAUAUUUGGUGCCCAUUACCAUUUUGAUCUAUACAUACAGCCGGAUUUUCAUUGUCAUUAAGAAGUCAGCCAAUCCACUGAACGGUCCUCGGAAUGCCAUGAAUAAAGUUAAGAGGAACGUCCUUGUUACGACGAUGCUGAUAGCCGUGAUGUUUGUGGUGUGCUGGACACCAACAGAAGUCUUCUACGUCAAUGCAUACAUAUCGCGAAUUUGGGAAGGCUGGUUGUAUGCAACAAUUACAGGUCUGUUGGCCUGCAACAUGUUCGUCAACCCGGUCAUUUACUGCUUCAAGUACGAGCAUUUUCGGUCGGAGUUGAGAAAUCUAGUCACCAGAAGGUGUCGUAGAAAGCGAGUUGGGGCAGUGGAGGCCAUUCCAAGGCCAGCUGCUGCACGGAGAAUGAACCCGAAUUUGUCAGUGCAUUCACUGUAA